AUGAUUAGGAAGGGCAGGCUUUUGUCCCAGCUGACAAAGAACCCUCCCCCAACUGAGGCAGAAAGCACCUCCCACCUGACUGACACCCUGGACGCCCCUGACUGGCUGGUGGGACCUUCCUCUGAACAAAGCCUGAAAAUCUGCAUAACUGUCAAUUGCAUAGACUCAUUGGUUUAUUUCAAGCCUGGCCCUCCAAUUACCCUUGUCCCUUUAAACAUCCUCUGCGCUUCAAAGGCUUCUUUGGAUUGGGAGAACUUUCUUCCCCCAAGAUGGCAGCUGCCUUCUGGAAAUACACCCUUUCCUCUGGCCAGCACUCAUCUACAGCGAAUUGAAGCGGUCCUUCUGGUCUCCAAGACUCCCACUAGAGGUCAGAGGCCUGAGCAGAAAAUCUCGUUUUCUACCUCUAACCUUGGUGCUGCCAAUACCACAACCUCCUUUGAUCCUGCAGAUGAGUCUCCCCUUAUUGCUCCAAUCUACAGGCACUGGCUCAGCCGCCUCCUGAGGCCUCAGCAGCUGAAGUUCCAGCACCAUUAUCUCCCACGUGGCAGCUGCAUCCACACCUCCCCCUCCUGCCGAAUUCCAGGGGGCGAUGUCAACCUCUUCUGUCCUAUCUCAAGCCCCUUGCUCAUCUAUUCCUCAAAGCCAUUCUCAUGCCGCUGUGUGAUGAUAGCAUUUGAAGAUCUUGCUGUGUACUUUACCUGGGAGGAAUGGCAGAAGAUGAACAAAGCCCAGAAAAUCCUGUACAGGCAUGUGAUGCUGGAGACCUACAGAAGCCUGUUUUCCUUGGGGCACUGUGUUACCAAACCUGAUUUGAUCUUGAAGUUGGAGAAGGGAGCAGAGCCAUGGAUGGCAGAAGAAGGCCUUAAUCAGAAAGUUCCAGUGGCCAUGAAAAGUGAUGACAUAAGUAGGGCCAACCAAGAAAUUCAAGAAAAAAAUUUGAACCAUUUUGUUAUGAUAAAUAAUAUGAUAACAGCUCCCAGAAGAACUGAAUUAAGAAAAACAUUUAAUUUAAGUUCAGGUCAUAUUCCAAAAUUGAUUAUCAAAAAGGAAAAUUAUUCAGGAAUGAACCCUGAGGAAUGCAAUGUAUGUCACAAUGUGUAUCCUACUAGUGGGUCUGAUGAACUGCAAGCUAGAGAGACAUUUGAUGCUGGUAACAUACCUGGGAAUGCUCUCCAGUGCUGUCAGCCUAUUUGGCAGUAUCACAAGAUUCAGACUCUGGAGCAGUCAUUUGAAUGUGGUGGAAAAGGGAAAGUUUUCAAAAAGAAGAUAUUUUUUAGAUUUGAGAUGGGUCAUAUGGGAGAAAUGUAUGAUAUGUCAUCUGUCACUGUUGGAGAGACAACUCAAAUAGAAAAAACUUUUCAUAAAAAUACUAACCUCGGGAAGCACCAACAAACCAACACAGGAGAGAAACUUUAUGAAGAUAUUGGGUAUAUGGAACCAUUUAUUUACAAGUCAGGUCUUGCAGUCAAUCAGAGAACUCAUACAGGGAAAAAACCUUAUGCACAUAUACCUUGCAAAAAAUCAUUCAGUUGUAAAUCCUGCCAGAAGAAACCUCAUGAAUGUAUUGAGCAUGGAAAAGCUACUUUCCAGAACUCAUACCUCAUAACAUGUCAGAGAAUUCACAUAGUGGAGAAACCUCAUGAAUGCAAUGAUGAUGGAAAAUCCAUUUUGUGCAAGUCAGACAUCAGCAAAUAUCGGAGCAUUUACACAGGUGAGAAAUGUUAUGAAUGUAAUGAAUGUGGAAAAGGUUUUGGUCAGAAGUCAGCCUUCAUCAGACAUCAGGAAAUUAACACAGGGGAGAUAUCUUUUGAAUGUAGUGAUUGUGGAAAAGCCUUUGUCCAUAAGUCACACCUCAUAAUCCAUCAAAGAAUUCACACAGGGGACAAACCUUAUGCAUGUAAUGACUGCAGAAAAGCCUUUGUCAGUAAGUCACAACUCAUAGUGCAUCAAAGAACUCACACAGGGGAGAAAUAUUAUGCACAUAAUGACUGUGGAAAAGCUUUUGGAUAUAAGUCAAACCUCAUAAUGUAUCAAAGAAUUUACACAGGGGAGAAACCUUAUGCAUGUAAUGACUGUGGAAAAGCCUUUGGUAAUAAGUCACACCUCACAAUCCAUCAGAAUAUUCACAAAAGAGAGAAACUUUAUGAACAUAAUGACUGUGGAAAAGACUUUGGUGAGAAGUCAGGCCUCAUAAUUCAUCAGAAAAUUCACACAGGGGAGAAACCAUAUGAAUGUAAUGACUGUGGAAAAGCCUUUGUCAAUUAGUCACAACUCAUAAUGCAUCAAAGAAUUCACACACGGGAGAAACCUUAUAAAUGUAAUGACUGUGGAAAAGCCUUUGAUAAUAAGUCACACCUUCUAAGACAUCAGAAUAUUCACAAAAGGGAGAAAUUUUAUGAAUGUAAUCACUGUGGAAAAGCCUUUGGAUAUAAGUCAAGCCUGAUAACUCAUCAAAGAAUUCACACAGGAGAGAAACCUUAUAAAUGUAAUGGCUGUGGAAAAGCCUUUGGUAAUAAGUCACACCUCACAAUCCAUCAGAGAAUUCACACAGGACAGAAACUUCAUGAAUGUAAUCACUGUGGAAAAGCCUUUGGAUAUAAGUCAAGCCUGAUAACUCAUCAAAGAAUUCACACAGGAGAGAAACCUUAUAAAUGUAAUGGCUGUGGAAAAGCCUUUGGUAAUAAGUCACAGCUCACAAUCCAUCAGAGAAUUCACACAGGACAGAAACUUCAUGAAUGUAAUCACUGUGGAAAAGCCUUUGGAUAUAAGUCAAGCCUGAUAACUCAUCAAAGAAUUCACACAGGAGAGAAACCUUAUAAAUGUAAUGGCUGUGGAAAAGCCUUUGGUAAUAAGGCACAGCUCACAAUCCAUCAGAGAAUUCACACAGGACAGAAACUUCAUGAAUGUAAUCACUGUGGAAAAGCCUAUGGCCAGAAGUCACACCUUCUAAGACAUCAGAAUAUUCACACUGGGGAGAAACUUUAUGAAUGUAAUGAAUGUGGAAAAGCCUUUACCAGAAAGUCAGGCCUGAUAACUCAUCAGAGAAUUCACACAGGGGAAAAACCUUAUGAAUGUAAUGGCUGUGGAAAAGCCUUUGGUUAUAAGUCAGUCCUCAGAAUGCAUCAAAGAAUUCACACAGGGGAGAAACCAUAUGAAUGUAAUGACUGUGGAAAAGCCUUUGUCAAUAAGUCACAACUCAUAGUGCAUCAAAGAGUUCACACAGGGGAGAAGCCUUAUGAAUGUAAUGACUGUGGAAAAGCCUUUGCCAGUAAGUCAAGCCUCAUAAUGCAUCAAAGGAUUCACACAAGGGAGAAAACUCACAGAUGCAAUGACUGUGGAGAAACCUUUGGUAAUAAGUCACACCUCACAAUCCAUCGGAGAAUUCACAUAGGGGAGAAACCUUAUGAAUGUAAUGACUGUGGAAAAGCCUUUGGCCGUAAGUCAAGCCUCAAAAAACAUCAGAAAAUUCACAUAGGACAGAAACUUUAUGAAUGUAAUGACUGUGGAGAAGCCUUUCACAGUAAGUCAGAAUUCAUAAUGCAUCAGAGAAUUCACAAUGGGGAGAAACUUCAUGAAUGUAAUCACUGUGGAAAAGCCUUUGGCUGGAAGUCAUACCUUAUAAGACAUCAGAAAAUUCACACAGGGGAGAAACUUUAUGAAUGUAAUCAUUGUGGAAAAGCCUUUGGCCAAAAGUCACACCUUAUAAGACAUCAGAAAAUUCACACAGAGGAGAAACUUUAUGAAUGUAAUCACUGUGGAAAAGCCUUUGGCUGGAAGUCACACCUUAUAAGACAUCAGAAAAUUCACACAGGGGAGAAA